UACAAGGCCAAGACAGAUAAUAAAUAUUACGCCCAACCACGUUAGUCUACCGUCAGUCCACGGUUGGAUGUAGUACUGUAAACUUGCAGGUUGUAGCCUGAAAAUAAUAUGACCGGUAAAACGUUAAAAGUAAAUUUUUUACAAGGCUAACAAGUCCAUGGGUAUUAUUCUCAGUGUGGGUUCCUGCGGUCUUCCGUCUGUUCUCUUUUUUACAGGAAUAUAUAUACCAUAACAGUUUUAUUAAUUAGUCUGUGCUGUUGUUGAACUCUUGUGUGAAUUUGGUUGCGCAGAACUUCCUUUAAUUUUUUGUUUAGCGGAAAGGCUGGAGUAUGGUCAUUAGUCAACUAUGAAAGCUGGGAGAAUUAUGAGUGACGAAUUUACAGUUGGAAAUACAGGAUGAAUGGUGUUGGUGUUGGAAGCUCACAGUGACUGGCAACGUUUUCGUCAUUUGAUGAAUGUCGAUCAAUAAAAACCUCAUCGGACAUGAUUCAUCGUGUUUGACUAGUCUUAUUGAUCUCUAAACGGUACAUCUAUUCCCGUAUGAAUCUAAACCCCAUCAGUAGUUUAACCGGCGCUUUCCAGUAGACAACUUUUCAUCCGAGCUGGAAGUCUAAAAUUAAUUUAAAAAAUGAAAUUAUUUCUUACUCUUGUAUCGAUCAUCGUGUGUCUCAACCUUACAGCGAUGAAGGCCUAUCCACAUCCGGAAAAGCGUUCUGCAGCUCUGGAGGGAUCGUUCAUGAGCGCAGUGCCGAUAUCACUUACUGACGAUAUGCCGCCUGAAAUAGAAUCUCCCGAAUUUCCUCAAUUACUGUUGAAGUGCAUUCCUAACCAAGAUUGGACAGCGGUAGAAUCUUGUGAGAAAGAAACCGAACUGAAAUUGAACAUGACUAGAAACACUAUAAUGAAUAGAAGUCUCCCUUCAAAAGAAGACAGAGAAAAACUCGAAGAGGAAGAAAAAAAGUUCCACGCGUUUGCUUGCGAAUGUUUAGUAAAGAAAAUGGGUGUGGCGGAUGAAAUGACAGGCCAGCUUGACAUGGCCGGUUAUGAAAAAUACUACGAAACUACUUCUCUAUCUUCUGAACAAAAGGCAUUGGCUACCGCAGACUUUAUUUCGUGCAUGACGGCCAAGUUAAUCACACCUUCCUUACCUGUCUUCGUUCGAUGGACUGAGUCAAGCAAUGAGGUAAUUGGCAACUUGGUCACAGCCAGCCAUAUUAUAGGAUGUGACAUACACUCCUUAAUUAAGAAUGGUUGUUCCGAUACAUCCGUCGGAAAUUCAACUCUGGCUUGGGCUUUGCAAGAACUACAGAUCAGCAUAGCAAAAGAGAUUAUUCAGUAAAAACCAAGGGGUCGGCGACGGCGAUCCAUGAAUUCAGUACUUUCAUUGAUGAACACUUUUUCCCUCUAUGAAAUCAAUAUAAUACGCUUUAUGUAGCCCUAAGUUCAUGUAAUCAUCGGUAUAGCUGUGUCUGCAGUAAUAUCGAGAUAUAUUAUAUUUUUCGCCACUCCAAUCGUUGGUGAAAGCACAGCAACCUUUUUCUAUCCAUAUUGAUACUAUUGUUUUUUUGGCAAGUUAAAAACUCCAGUGAUUUACUCAAUAAAUGGCAAAAUCUGACUGGAA